AGAUUCCAGUGGAUAAAAACCAUUCAUACUUGGGGUUUUUUUACUUAUGCAUCCAUUUAAUAUACAUGAGAGCUUAACGCCGACUCUCUCAAGAAAAGUGUCAAGCAUCUCUCUUAUCAUUUUCUUUCUCACCAAAUAAAGAAACUCCGAUCAGUAUUCAACCUAUGGAGAGUACUGAUUCUUCCGGUGGUCCGCCGCCGCAGCCAAAUCUUCCUCCCGGAUUCCGAUUUCAUCCGACCGACGAAGAACUCGUCAUCCACUACCUCAAACGCAAAGCAGACUCUUCUCCUUUGCCCGUCGCGAUCAUCGCCGACGUCGAUCUCUAUAAACACGAUCCAUGGGAACUCCCCGAGAAGGCUUUGUUCGGAGAACAAGAAUGGUAUUUUUUCAGUCCACGUGAUCGGAAAUAUCCAAACGGAGCUAGACCAAACCGAGCAGCUACUUCCGGUUAUUGGAAAGCGACCGGUACAGAUAAACCGGUGAUUUCAACCGGUGAUGGUAGUAAAAAAGUUGGUGUCAAGAAAGCUCUCGUCUUCUACACUGGGAAGCCACCAAAAGGAGUUAAAUCAGAUUGGAUCAUGCAUGAAUAUCGCUUAACCGAUAAUAAACCUAGUCUCAGAUGUGACUUCGGUCACAAGAAAAACUCUCUCCGGCUUGAUGAUUGGGUGUUGUGUCGGAUCUACAAGAAAAACAAUAGUACAUCAUCCCGACAUCAUCAUCGUCAUCUGGAUAUAGAUAAGGAUCAUCAUCAUCAUCAUUUUCACCAUGACAUGACGACCGAUGAUGAUCUUUACCGUCUUCCUCUCUCGAUUCCCGGUCAAAAUGUUUCAAGAGUGAAUAUUUUCCCGGCGGGUUUCUCCGAUAACAACGACCCGGCGGCUAUAUACAACGGAGGUGGCGGUUACUCGAUGAAUCACGAUUUUGCAACGUCGUCUGGAUUGAAUCAGAAACCGAAUAUUCCAAUGCCGUUUUGGGAUCAAGAUCCGGCUAAGAGGUUUAACGGCGGCGUUGGAGAUUGUUCUGACAUCGUCUCUUCAGUGGCGGCGGCGCCAUUAAUGCAGCAGCAAGGUGGGGUUUUGGAGGAAGGAUUAGACCGGACCUCGUACCAAUUAACCGGUUUGAAUUGGUAAUUAUUGCCGGUCGGUUCGUUGUGAAAAUUAGAAAUCCAAUUGAGAUGGGUUCGGUUUACAUAUUUUGAAGAUUUGUGUAUACGGUUUGAGUAAUUUGGGGAAUUGGUUAUUGUAUAGUGGGGUUAGAACGAAGGAGAUUAAAGAGAUUAGAGAGGUGAGGCAACAUAUAGAACAUAUACAAGUUAAUUUUAUUUUCUUCUUAAUUAUGGUUACUAUUUUCACUGAACGUAGGGUAGAUGUUUCAUGUCUGUAUACUGUAUAAAUAUAAAAGUAAUAGUUGGAGAUACUAGUAUGUAUCUAAUUCAGAUAUUUAUGCAA